AUGGUUCAACUAGCUCCUCGCUUCGCCACCCUCCUCGCCUUUUGUUUCCUCGUGUCCGCCACUCCCGUCCUUCCUACUGCUAGUCCAUACGUGUCUCUUAGCGCAGGCUUGGUCGACCCUACUCCUGGCCCGAAUAGCACUCAUGCCAAUCACACUGCUAGGGGUGUUGCCCAUGUCGCCAACAAUACCGCAAUCCUCGUCGAGCUUACUCAAAGCCCUCAGGGCAAUGGGACUCACGCCAACCGCACUUCUAGGGCUGUCGCUGUCACCAACAAACACCCCGUAUACGCCAUCGAACAACACCCAGGUUCGCAGUCCCACGAACAGGCUCAGGGACAAGAUCCAAUUACCGGCGUGCAGAAUACCCCCAGCGUGCAACACAACGUUAUCGCGGAUAAGAAUGCCCAAGUCCAGUCUAGUCAGAGUCAGGACAAGCCAACACAGUCCAGUAAUGCUGCUGCUAAAGCAAGUCCCUCUCAAGGCAAGGGCAAGAGGUACGAUGAUGGUCAGUACCACCCCAACCCUUCCUACGACAAUGGCCAAUACCACCCCAACCCCACGUAUAACAAUGGUCAGUACACCACAGAUACGACUGCUCCCACCACCACCGCGGCGGAUGCGUCUUCUCCCACCACCACCCAGACAUAUGACGACGGAUUGUACCAUCCCAAUACAUCCUACGACGACGGCCAGUAUCAUCCCAAUACAGCCUACGAUAAUGGCCAGUACCAUAAUGCCGCUGCUGCGAAUCCCACCGCCCCUGCGGUUCCAGACGCGGUCACAUCUGUGUUGGGUGUUGUACUCAAUGUAGUACCCGGUACCAGAACAGCGACCCCGACGUCCCAAACGGGCUCCACUACCCCUGCGACGACGAAUUCUCCAACGACAAUAGCCUCCACGUCUACACAGGAGACUGCCACCGCCACCGCCACGUCUGGAACCACUACCACGACGGCAGCCGAUCCCACUGAGACUGCAAUGCGCACAGUAGCCGGUGCUGGCAGACGCUCGGACGAUGGCCAUUACCACCCUGAUUCGAGGUUUGACGACGGCAGUUACCAUCCCAAUCCCAAGUUCAACGACGGCAAGUAUCAUGUCAGUACUACCGGAGGCAAACGUUCGGACGAUGGCCAUUAUCACCCUGAUUCGAGGUUUGACGACGGCAGCUACCAUCCCAAUCCCAAGUUCAACGACGGCAAGUAUCAUGUCAGUACUACCGGAGGCAAACGUUCGGACGAUGGUCAUUAUCACCCUGAUUCGAAGUUUGACGACGGCAGCUACCAUCCCAAUCCCAAGUUCAACGACGGCAAGUAUCAUGCUGGUACCACCGGAGCCAAACGUUCGGAUGAUGGCAAGUAUCACCCCGAUUCGAAGUUGAACGACGGUCAGUACCAUCCCGAUCCCAAGUUUGACGACGGCAAGUACCAUUCGGGGAAGUAUCAUGGGAGGAGGGGGUUGGCGCAUCAGGACAGGGUGCGCGCCGUUAGGAGAAGAGCUGCCCAAUACUAG